GUUUUAACUUUUAGGUUAUGUUACUAUGUAUUACAGUUGUAAUUGCCGGUGAACGGUGUGCUACGUAUAAAUCACUUGUUUAUUUAUGUAAAAUAGUGUCCAAAGUUUAUAUUAUUCACUAUUUGUUGUUUACUGGGAUAUAACACAGUAUUGUUUUUAAUUGUGACAAUGGACGAAUUGCCAUUCAGGCUGAAAGGUUGGUCAUACAAAGAAUUUCUCGAAGAAAUCGAACAAGUUGACAUACCUUCUGAUCAAGAGUCGACUCUGGCAGAGGAUUAUGAAGAACCGGAGCUUCUACAGCAAACUUUGCAAGAUGAAAUCUUACUUUCAGAGGAUUCUGAUAAACCGAACGACGAUGAAGAUGACAUAUCACUUUCCAUUUUACGUCAACAAAUCAUCAGAGACCGGCCGGGUGUACAAGAAUUCCGUCCACCAGUUUGAAAAAAAAUGGUUGGGU